UUGCAUUAAAUAAAUUUCGUGUUAAAAGAAAAACAAAUUAAUCUGAAGUUUAACAUUUAAAAAGCUUAAAAAUGUUGGUAACAGCAAAAUCCGUUGCCGCCAAAUGGCGUGCCUUUGUCGAUAUUUUGAUGGCCCCCGUGUCGCCUAAAAAUCUACGUCUUUCCGCCAUUUUAAUUGGUAUUUAUCAACUGCUUGUGGCACACAUUUUACUCUUCUUACUUUUGUUGGGUUUGGCAAAUGCUGAACAAAUGAAAACAAUGUUGGCAAUGGAUAUUGAGGAUCAAAAGGAUAAUGGUUUUUAUGAUAUGUCACCAUUUAGCAAUCAAUUACGCCUACAGACCGCAUCUGAAUUGGUAUCGGUUACCGAAACCUUUUUGUACAUCCUCACCGCAGUGGCCGCCGUUUACCUGCUCAGUACGAUUUCCUUAUUUGCUGGCAUCUUCAAUAAUCGCUCAGAGUUUGUGCUUCCAUGGUUGGUGGUGGAAUUCAUUUUCAUUGUUUCCGCAACAGUUUUGGUGUUUCUACUACAAAACGGCAAAUUUGUUGAAUUCAUUGGAGGCAAAAUUAUGUAUUUUACAAUUUGUUUCGCUGUACUCGUUUUUGAUAGUUUGAUGUGGUACAUUGUACACUCCUUUUAUCAGAGCCUCCGCACUAUGAACAAAUUGCGAGAGAUUGCAACUGUAGCCAUACCGUGCCCACCUCCAGGCGCUAUACCUUUCCGACGUGAAAAUAUGUACCUUGGAAGCAAUGGCUACAAACAUAUUCUAACCGAAAAUCCCGAUGGAAAUUACUAAAAUAAAUUGAAUAUAUAAUAAUUUAUUUAAAAGAAAAAAGAUACAUAUAUAUAUAUAAUA